AUGAAGUGUGUUAGAAUAUCUGGUUAUCACAUAAACAAGGGAGAGCGUCAACCCCUAAUUGAUCUGAGGAAAAAAAUUGAAAAGGGGGGUCCCUUGGACAGUAUACCCCUCUUUGCAACAGAGGAAGCAUUAGGAAAGGGGAGAAGAGAGAAAGUGAAAAGGUACUCAGCAGAUGUUGGCGAGACUCCUUUAAUGGACAUGGAACCAAGACCUGUGGGAGUGCUGGAGGAAUUAAGUGUACCAAGUCCUCAGCCAUCUAGGAGUUCAGACAUGGCUGAAGAGAUCGAGGAGUUGAAAAAUGAAAUCAAAGCGCUAAAGGAAGAUUUAAAAUAUGAGCAGCGCAUCAGGAUAAAAGCAGAGAGAGAGCUGAGGGAGUGGAAAGAAAUGCAUGCUGUUGUACAGGAGCUAAAAUGUACAGUAGGAGAAAUAAGGAAAAUGUGCAGUUCAAAGCAGAAGCCUGACUCACUGGAGAACUCUUCAUAUUCUGAGGACAUUGCUUCACAAAGUCAAGAACCAUGCACUGCUCAAGGAAGUGGGCAGGUAAUCGAUUACAUCAGUUUGGGAGAGGGCGUGAGAAUAAAGAAGAGUCAGUUUGAAAAGAUCAACACUCGAGAUUUUAAAAAGUUUACAAAUGAGCUUUUCCUCAUCACAUUUGGACGAGAAACUCUUGCAACACACUCUCUAAAUGGAAGAAAGGCACCCAAUGCAGAGACCAGCAAGGAGGCACUUCCAGCUCACAAAGUGUCCGUCCUAAUGGAAUACAUCCAAAAGAAGUUCAAUGUUUCCAAAUGUGACGUAAAGGCAGUCAUAAGAGCAAAACUGAACAAUGAGGACAAGCUCUUCAGAAGGCGAAACCUCCAUGAACAAUGUGGGAAGAAAUAAAGAAUCAUUGUAUUAU